GGGAAGGUUUGUUGACACCGGCGCGGAAGAUGAGUGUGGAAAAUGUUACGGGAAUUCAGAGACGAGGUAAACGUGAUUUCGAUCCGAUAAACCAGGUCUCUACAGGUAGGAUACCCUUUGUUGAACGUUCGGAACGCCGCUUUCUGCUGUUCACAACCUUUUCAGUGGAUUUCGAUUGCUCCUCCUCAAGAUCGAGUGACUCCACCUGAACGUCAAGUUCCUACUCCUGAAUUUGGCCAUUCUCGUCUGCAAGCGGACCAUCACCAUCGCCAUCGGUAUCACUAAAACCUCGGAAAUCGUUGUCUUCAUCGAUGCGUUGUUCUACGGUGCCAAUCGGAUUGAGGACCAUCGGUGGCAGCUCUUGGACCUCGGUUUUCUCAGAUUCCAGCCUCUUCGAAGAACCAUCUUGUGUCGUAAGGAACCGCACAUCUCUGCUGAAGACCACCUUUUUAGUUUUCCUGUCGAUGAAACGCCACGCUUUGUGUUGCUGAGAAUAGCCAACGAAUGCCAACUUCUUCGCCUUUGGCUCCAAUUUCGAUCUGGUUUCUUUCGGGAUCAGCACAAGCGCAUCUGUACCAAAAACUUGCAGAUGCUCCACAUCAGGCUUGCUUCCAUGCCACAGUUCGUAUGGCGUCUCACGGAUCGAUUUUGUUGGUAACCUGUUCUGGAGAUAAUUGGCCGUGUUGAUGGCCUCACCCCAGUAACGGUACUCCAUGCCAGCUUCCAAAAGCAUACACUUCGCCAUCUCGACCAGCGAACGUUUUUUUCGCUCAGCGACAUCGUUCUGUUGAGGAGUGUAUGCCGUUGUAAUCUGAAGCAGGAUUCCUUCGCUUCUGAAGAACUUAGCCAUCGCAUGCCCUCGGUACUCGCCACCUUGAUCGGACCUGAUCACCUUCGGCGGCCGGCCGAAUUGCGUCUUCAUCUCAGGGACAAAAUCUUGGAUAGCUUCCAACGUUCCAGACUUCUUACUCAGAAAAUACAGCUUAGUGUAGCGGCUGUAAUCGUCGAUAAGAGUAAGGAAGUACCGUCACCCUGCAGGCGUCGCCGUGUUCAUUGGCCCACACAAGUCGCUGUGAACCAGAUCCAGAAUUUGUUUCGGUGACCUCUGCGUCUUCGGAAAAGGUAGCCUCGCCAUUUUGCCGCCGAAAAAACCUCGCAACCAGGACAUGCUCCGCUACGAGGGACUAGAUCCAACCAAAUCGAUGCGACCGGUUUUUCUGGAUGUGAAGCCAGUUUAUCCAGAACUAAAACCUCCGGGUUCCAAUGGAUUCGGCAAUCGAGUCGGAUUCCCACCGAGAACUGCACGUGAGGCUUUCGGAAUCGAAAUUGUUAAUACGGAUAUCGUUUAUGAUAACACAAAAUCUAUCUACAAUGUGCUACGGAUUUUGGGAGUGUUUCCGUUUACGAGACCUUCUCCUGGAGUGACCAUGUGUGCCUUCGCGACUCCGGCCAUGAUGUAUUGCGCUGUAUUUUUUCUAGCUUUAGCGGUUUACGUGGGCUUUAUUCUGGUACAGCGUAUAGUAAUCGUGCGUACGAUUGAAGGACGCUUCGAGGAAGCUGUGAUUGCGUAUUUGUUCAUCGUUAACAUUUUACCAAUUUUGAUUGUUCCUCUUAUGUGGUACGAAACUCACAAGGUGUCCAAUCUGCUCAAUAACUGGGCCGAUUUCGAAAGGUUAUACCGUAAAAUAUCCGGACAUGAUUUGGAACUGGAGCUGAAAACUAAAUCCUUAGUAAUUGCUAUACUUCUGCCAGUGUUAUCGUGUGCUUCUGUGAUCAUAACUCACGUGACCAUGGUCGAGUUUCAGCUUUUACAGGUCAUUCCGUACUGUUUUCUGGAUACACUCACCUACAUGAUGGGAGGCUAUUGGUACAUGACUUGUGAAAUGUUGAGCACAACGGCCAACAUUCUAGCGGAGGAUUUUCAGAAGGCCCUAAAACACGUUGGACCAGCAGCGAUGGUUUCCGAUUAUCGUUCCUUGUGGCUGCGCUUGAGCAAACUCUCUCGGGACACCGGAUUCUCCACGUGUUACACUUUCACAUUCCUCUGCCUUUAUCUGUUUUUCAUCAUCACGCUUUCGAUAUAUGGUUUGAUGUCUCAGAUAUCGGAGGGCUUUGGUAUCAAGGACAUCGGUCUGGCCGUGACUGCUUUUUGUAGCAUUGGGUUGUUGUUUUUCAUCUGCGACGAGGCGCAUUAUGCUUCCUGGAACGUUAGGACAAACUUUCAGAAGAAGCUGUUGAUGGUUGAGCUUAGCUGGAUGAAUUCGGAUGCGCAGACCGAGAUCAAUAUGUUUUUGCGGGCAACGGAGAUGAAUCCGUCGAACAUCAAUUUGGGCGGAUUCUUCGAUGUCAAUCGGACGCUGUUUAAGUCGCUCCUAACUACAAUGGUGACUUACCUGGUUGUGCUGUUGCAGUUCCAGAUCAGCAUUCCGGAUGACCCCAGUGCCAUGCUGAUACGCAAUUCAACUUCAGCUAAUUAAAAAUAAAAUACUGCUUUAGAAUUGAUCACAAAACUAUGACAUUUUCCUAAUAUAAAUUGCUGUUAUUUUGACAUUAA